UUUCAUAAUACGUAUCCAAUCGCAUUGGUCGAUUUAUCGAAUUUUUGUGAAGAAAGAGAUUUCUCACAGAUAAACUUUCCUAUCUAGUAUUUGUAUAUUAAAAAACGCAAUCUCGCGCUGCAGAUGACUUUUUCUCUCUUUCUCUCUCUUGCUUCUUGAUUUAUUCUGUAAAUAACAGUUUUUGAUAUAUGUGCGUUUAAUAAUUACAAUCUGAUGACGUUUUAUGUGAAGAUGUCAUUUCUCAGGAGUAAUUGAGUGCGUUAAAUUAUGGCAAGUUUUGUUGAGGAAAUAAAGGAGCCACUGUCCAUGAAUAACAAAGGAUAUGUGGUUCCAAGGACAUUGAUAUCCUAUGAGGAGAUAGCUUCGAAACUUCUCAAUGAGAAGUUUUUCUUAACCGCACUGGAAUUGCAUGCUGAAUUAUGUGAAGCAGGCAAGGAAUUGCCUAUUCUCAGAGAGUUUUUUGCAAAUCCCAACAAUUUUGAAAAUUCUAGCAAGCCAGAACCAUGUAUACCAAUGCCCAGAUCUUCUAGUCAGGCAACUUUAGAUUCUUUGGACAUGACUCGAUAUUCAGAGGAUGGAGCUGGCGUUGAUGAAAGAGUAGCGAUUUUAGAAUUUGAAUUGCGUAAAGCUAGAGAAAAUAUUUCUGCACUACGCGCUAAUUUAACUGUAGUAACAGAAUUGGAAGGCACAUUGAAGGUACCAGAUAAAAAUUCCGAGAAGAAUCCGGUUACCGAACUUCCUAUCAAACCAUAUGAAAAACGAGCACUGAAUUUCCUUAUCAAUGAAUAUUUGUUGACAAGAUCGUACAAGCUCACUUCAAUUACCUUUAGUGAUGAGUGCGAAGAUCAGGACUUCGAGGAUUGGCAAGAUGUGGGAUUAAAUAUCCCCAAGCCUGUGGAAUUGUUGCAAAUGUAUCGGGAAUAUAUGAGAGCGAGCGGACAUGACAAACCACCAUCUAUUAGUGUCGCUGUACAAACUGUUGAGAAAUCUGAGGUUGAAGUCGAGAUCGAGGAAGUUGAGGAACAAAACGACAAAUUCCAAGAAAUGACAGAACAGAUAGAAAGUUUACAACAACAAAUCACAAUGCUGGAACAAGAAAAAACUGCCAUGCAGGAAAUUAUUUCAGCCAGUAAGGAGAAUGUUGUAGAAAAUCCAAUCAAGUCAGGUAGCUGCGGAACAAUUCGUACCAUCAAUUCUAGUUCUACUACUCCUGAUAAGUUUGAGUUACUUGAAUCGCUACCAAGAGACAUGUCGACCACUACUCAGGAGCCGGAAGAAGAUGAUAGCGCUUCUGCAGUAGUUAGUUUAGAUGAAACAGAUCCAGGGGACAAAGAAUGGACAAGAUUACAAUUACCUCGAGUAAAUAUAACGGAGAGAUCUUCUGUUUUACCAACUGUCUCCUCCAGAUACUUACCAACAAAGUUUAAGUCAGAAAUAGCGACGCACUGUUUGCCGAAUGUUUCGGGAUCGAUGAUAUCCUCGGUGGAAGAGCCCUUAAAACGGGGAGUCACGCGAGACACGAUAGUCGAGAUUCUGACAAAUAUUUUGCCACGAAUAGUGCCUAAUGUUAUUCUCAAUAAGCGGGAAGAAAUUAUUCCUUUGAUUCUCAGUGCAAUCCACUUGCAUUCAAAUUCUAAUGAAAGAGAGAAGUUGCUGCAGCUGUUGUUUAACUUGAAGAAGAGGCCACAAGAAGAUGAACGGCAAAUAAUAUUAGCGGGUUUGAUUAUGAUGGCAAAGCUUGCGGAGGAAUCACUGGAAGGCGAAGAAAUUCUGACGAUCUGUUGGGAACAGAGUCAACACAAGUAUCCCGAGAGAAGAUUGCUAGCUGUCGAAUGUUGCUCUGUUUUAGCGUCCUGCACGUCAGCUUCUAUUAGAAAUUCUUUGAUGCUGUCGAUGCUGCAGCAAAUGCUACUAGAAGAUAAAGAUCCUGUUGUUCGAGUUAGCGUUGUGAGAAGUCUUGCGUUGUUAAUUGCUUUAAUGGACGAUCCAGACAAAUAUUUUCAAUGCGAGGAGUUGGCGUUAACAGCACUCCACGAUACUUCGCCGGUAGUUGUCGAUACGGCAUCGACAGUGUUGUUGCCAGUUUUAGCACAAUGGGCGUUAUCCUUGAAGAGGCUGCACUUGAACUUGCUGCCGCGCAUAAUCCUAAAAGUAAAGAACCAGUUGAAACCGAUGCAUUCUCAAACUUCGCCAAAUAAAGACUAUAUCGAUGGAGAGAAAUUAGUUCCAUCGAUCGGUAUCUUACAAAGUCUCCUGCCCUAUACGAUCUUAUGUGUCGCCGAUGUCGAUCCGGUGCGAUCUUCUGUCAAGGAUGGAAUAUCAUCGGACUUGUCCGAGGAAUUUCUGGCCUUGUGUCACUCUAAUAUCACCGAUCCGAGAAUAUUCUACGAAGGCUCCGUCGACGUCGGUGUUCUCCUCAAUACCUUCUUCUACAAAUCUUGGGAAGAUGUAUCUUGGCCGGAAUUAAACUGGUUUACGAAAAAAUUAGUAUUUGAUAUCUUGGACAUGGUGAAGUCCGUGGAUGCAACGCACGAAAAUGUCUUAAGAACGCUUCUUAUGUACAUUCAGUCAUUAUGCAUAGGUUUCGGAAGAUAUAUUACAAAAACUAGGAUACAGACGGUGUUUUUCCCGGAAAUCUCGGAACUCGAGGAACAAUUGACAACAAUAUCGACAGAUAAAAAAAAUAUGAGCCUUGCAUUAAUACCGAGUUAUCUGGUGAUUUUGAGCACUCUGGAUUCCACGGAGCUAACGAACUAUUUCAGACAAUUUCUCGUGGUUCUAUCCAUGAGCGGCACUAGUAUAUCUUGGCUGCAAAUCGCCGCGAGUAUUUUGUGCGCUCGUGAACAGAUGCAAGAAUGUGUCCUCGCUAGUUUGUGGGACGGCGUGGUGCAUCAGAGAUCUAUUGUAAGAUGUUCAACAGCAACGCUAUUCGGUUCUGCUAUCGCGUACGUCUCAGAUCGGCUGACAAGUGCCAAGAUCGUGCCAGCUAUCGUAACGCUUGCCAGCGAUCCCGAAGUUGGUGUGCGUUGCGCAGCAAUUUCCUCGUUAGGCCGCAUAAUAACGGAAUGUAAAGUGAAAGAGGCACGCGAUAAAGCACGAUUAACACUCGAAACGAUCGCGAAAGAUCCUCAAGAAUUUUCUCAAGCCCUGGCAACUUCAUUAGUAUCCACUUUUGCAUUUAUCGCUCCAACAUGUCCGCAAAAUUAUAUAGAAGACAUAAUAGCAACACAAUUGUCAACAAUUGCUUCGUUCGCGCUUCAACAGAAUCGUAAGAUCGAAUUAGCGAAUGCACUGGUGGAGGCGUACUCCGUGUUAGUCUACUGUCCCUUAAGUAGCCAAUGCGUAUCCGGAGUAGUGCUGCCGGGACUGCGGCAUCUCGAAACGUUAGUGAAUCAAUGUUUGCCCCAGCAGAAGGAUUCAGUGCGUUCGCUACUUAGAGAAGCCGAGUCCAGGCAAGAUUUGAAACCAAUAGAAAGGACACUCUCGACGAGUUCUGGGCUCUCCCUGUCGAUGGCGACAGUGAACGUCGGUCAGGGAGUCGAGGACAUGCGCCAGAGGAUGAGCAAGAUUUUUCAACAAAAAACUGGUGGAUCCCCCAGCAUGCCGAGUAUUUUCCGCAAGAAAUGAAUCUCUUUGUAUGUCUCUCACAAGAAAAUUGAGCAUUAAAAAUUUGUCGUGUUUCACUGACUCCUUAUAUAACAAACAAGCAAAAACACUCGUGAGAGCAAUUACACCAAGGUUGUUGUUAGAAGCGUAAGUGUAUAAUGUUGUUUUAACAGAUGUUAACUUAUUUUUUUAUUGCGCUAGAUGUAAGCAACACACACGCGUGUAAAUUUAUUUUGUUUAAAUAUCAGCGAUGCAAAAAAAAAAACAAUUUACAAGUGAAGAAUAUGAACUUUUUUUUACAUGUUUUGUAAAACUUGGAUAUCCAUAUGGUUAGUCUUACAUUUGCAAUGUCUGCAACAUCUUCCCCGCUCACCUUUCCGACGAUCCCCGCCUACUCACUUAUAUAUUAAAAAGGAAACAUUCAAGAUGAGAAAAGGUAGUUAACAGUAAUUAAUGUUUAAUUUCGAAAUCUGUCACUUUACAUAGUAAUAAACAAACGUCAUAGAUCAUAUCGUAUAUCAUAUUAUAUAUAUAUAUAUGUAUAUAUAUAUAUAUAUAUCGCAUAUCAUCAUAUAUAUAUAAUACACAAGUGUUUUUUUCCUCGUAGAUAGUUUACAAAAUCAGACUUUCUAGGAAUACACAUCCUGUUUUCGUCCUGUUCUUGCUCGGUUCUGUUUUCAUUUUUCUUUUUAUAUAAUCACAGCUUAUCCUGAUGCGUCAACGAAACGUCGCUAUUGUAUCUUUAUUUUUUUCGCUCACGGUUUGAUAAUUCAACAUAAAUUGUGUUUCAGAGAAAAUUCACUAAGACGCACUCAAUCCCGAUGGACAGGCGCGAAAUCCAAUCGAAGAUACGCGCGACGCGUCUUUUUUAUAUUUCUAACUUUCACGCGGUGCAAGUUUUGAAUUCUCUCAUGAUCAUUUGUGUGUGACGCCGAUUAUCAAAAUUUUUGAGGAUUAUCUAAAAAGAUCCCAUCUCAGGACCAGGUAAAUAAGCAACCUGGAAGGAUCUGAAAGCUCAGUCUACUAGGACUAAAAAACUGAUCAGCGUGGAUCUAUAAAAAUCACAUAAAUAGCACACAAUUAGCCGUAAUGCGCUUAAAUUAACGGGCAAAGUAUUUUUUGUAAGUUCUCUAAUUCUUUUCGUUUUGUUUCUUUUUCUUAAAAUUCAUUUACAAACGCAUUUUAUAAAUCACGCAGUACGUUAUACUUCGUUUUCUUUUGCACCAUCUACACUGUUCUCUUUUCUCUCUCUCUCUCUCUCUCCCUCUCUCUCUUUAUCUCGCGAUUAUUUAUAAUAUUAUAAACCCUUCAGUAUAUUUUUCGUUGACCAUCUACAAUUACACCGCGCUUUUUUGUUUUCAACGCGCACGAAUAUAAUACCGAAAAGCAACAAAACGAGACGCGUUAUACAAUUUGUACGGAAGUAGAGAAAUGAGUGAACAAAAAAAAAACCGAAAAAAAACCCGUGUUAAUACAAAAAAAGAACUUGAACGAGGUCGUUUGAUAAAUCGUUUGCGUGUGUAUGACAAGGCGCGCGAUUACGCAAAUCGCUAUUUUUUUCUUUUUCUCGCGACACGAGAGUUACAAGUCGCAAUUACGAGGAUCACGAAUCGUAGAUCGCGAAUUAUUUUACGCACACAUACAUCAACGUAUGUAUAUAAUAAUUAAUUCUUAGCCUAUCCCCCGUGUGUGUGGUAGUAUACAUAUACGUAUAUAAUAUAUAUACAUUGAAUAUUUUUUUUUUUUUUUUUACUACAAUCGUUGGAGAGUGGCGGCGAAGCGAAACCGCGUCCGGAAGAGAACCACGCGCGGUUCACCAAAAAAAAUAUAUGUAUAUAUGUAUAGAUCUGUAUAUCGCCUCGUAUAUUAUAUUAUUAAUGAAACGCGCUUGUAGGACUCGCCUAAAGCACCACGUGUGCGAAUUGAAACACCACCCCAAUCUGGCGCUUCCGGUUCGUCGACGAUCGACGAUCGACGAUCGAUCACUCAUUGGCAUUCCCGUCGUUGACAUCCGUUACUUUUAUUCGGAUGUACAGCAUGCUUUAUCGGAAACUGCCAACUGGGAUUAACAUAUACAUACUUUUUAACUCUUUCGCAACAGGCAGAAACAUCACACGUAGUGAAUUGCAAAGUAUCACGCGACACGCGUGACAAAAGACGUUUCCGGUAUUUGAAUCUUUGCGAAUUCCGGAAAUUUGAUUUUCGUUUGACAAAAUUGCCUGAUACUUUUUUCGACUGUGUUAUAUAUGUUGCUUUUGUUCGAUUAGAACGUUUUGAACUUCUUUAGCAAACUUCAAUUCCACUUCUUUAUAACUUUGAAUAUUCAACACAUUGUACCACAGCGAUAUAUAACAUGUUUAUCUUUUUUUCCUAGGUGACUUUUACGUUUCCUAG